AUGGCAGAUCUGACAAAUGACACCCGCCAGGCUCCCCCGCUCGCCGACAAUGUGCCUCAGCCCGACCAGGCCAGACGACGGCCUUCUACCAGCAGCGAUUACCCGCAAGAGGUGACCGAGUUAGAUGAGAUUACCGCCCACUACAGUCCGUCCAGUGCGUCCUUGUCGUCGGGAGAGUACCGUGUCACUCCUCACCAGAGUGUUGCGUCAGCAAGCGAGCGGAGCAGCGUCCGUCGUGAUAAGCAGUCUUUUCAGUCUAUCCGGCGAUUCUGGUCCAGGAAUGUUGCUCUGACCGUUCCGCGGAAGGGCAAUCGCGACUACUUUGCCCUAGAACGGACAUUCCUCGCUUACAUCCGAACGGCAGCCGCGCUCUCGAUGCAAGGCGUGCUGAUCGCACAGCUGUUCCGACUGCAGGGUCUACAUUCAGCCCCGUUUGACUUUUACACGGUUGGGAUCCCCCUGUCGGUCGCGUUCCACGGCUGUGCGAUCCUCGUCACCACCAUGGGCGCAUUUCGGUUUUGGAGACAGCAGCACGCGAUUGCACGGGGGAAGAUAUAUGUUGGAGGAUGGGAGAUGAACUGUAUAGGGUUUCUUGCGAUGAUGUACGAGUACGAUGCAAUAUCAGCGGGCCGUUGCUCGAAAUCUGCACGAGGCAGAGAAACUCGAGGUGAUCCACGAGACCUCAGAGUUUGUGUUGCACUUCGCCUGGUUGGCCUCAUAUUCGGCCUGGAAGAGCCCGGAGACCAACAGUGCGCAGACGCGCCUGCUACAUCUGCCGCGGAAGAGGUUGAUGAAUCCGCCAUGGUGAUUAUUACUUCAUGGUUGGGUGGAGAAUGGAUGCAAAGGUGGCGCAAAGCGACGGAGAUAAGAACCGCACACGUGACCCCAUCCACCGGGCAAAAGUUCGGCAUCGGCGGAGAAUUCCCUGAGACCGAGUUCGGCUUUACGGAUGCGAUUUAUUCUUCCAUCACAAUAUUCCAGUGCUUCGAGAUCUGCUCGGUCCUAUGCUUUUCACCUUCAGCGGCAGUUAUGGCCGACCAACUGCCCAGCGUGACGCCACCGCGCAAGCGCCGCCGGCCAGCCAAGUCGUGCGAGCAAUGCCGUCGCCGCAAGAUCCGCUGUGACCAAGCCGUGCCCUGCGGCCCUUGCGUGCGUUCUCGAAGCUCGCUUACCUGCUCGUACAGGUCUUCCUUUGAAAUUCCAGACCCGUCUCACGUGGUCUCGAAUACUCCAGUCCCAGCUCCAGUUAGGACUCCUCAGUCGCACCCAUCCCAAGUGGAAGCCGAAGUGCGGACAACGGACCGUGACUUGCGGAGCAGUCUGCAAGGUUAUAGUCCCAGUUUGGUAUCCCAUUCCAACCAUGAACGGACCAUCCAGGACCUUCGGCAGCGUCUACAGCGUCUGGAGGAACGGCUAUCAAGCAAUGAGAUAAACCAUACUCCAGCCGAUCCCGGCCUGGCCCAGGCCGUGCGAGACCUGAGCAACCGGGUCCUCCGAGCCGAACAGCAGCUCUCCGGGUCUCAUGCCGUCCAGCCAGGGCCAGCGCAGACAACAACUGCUGACUCGUCGAUCCCUUCAUCGCUUCCACGCCUCCGGAUCUCGCCAGACAAGACGAAACUAUUUGGGCAAAGCCACUGGCUGCACACCGCUGAGAAAUUUCAAAUCAUACCCAAAUUCGACGCCAAGGAUGUCGAGCCUGGAUUCAGCGAUGCCAAAGCAGAGUUGACCAGCAUCCUGAAGGACUGUCGGAACUUGCGACACUUGGCCAAAGCCCAGCAGUCUGUCAAGCUGAACGAUCCCGUCCCGGACCUGCUGGGCACCAUCCCGGCCAGGGCCGUGUGCGAUGAAUUGGUCCAUGCCUACCUGCGGACCUUUGAGCUCGUCUACCGGAUCGUUCACAUCCCGUCGUUCUGGAAAGACUACCACCAGUUCUGGGAACAUCCCCAGUCCACCCCGACGCCCUUCCUCAUGAGGCUGGUCUUGAUGCUCGCCAUCGGCACGGCGUUUUACCCUGAUCGCGGCGACUUUGAGCGCAUCCGUCGUCUGGCGCAGACUUGGAUCUAUGCGGCUCAAUGGUGGCUCGUGGGGCCUUCGGAAAAGUCGACUCUCAAUCUGGAUGGGCUGCAGGUCUUUUGUCUGCUACUUCUGGCGCGCCAAACCAACUCCCGGGGGCAAUCCACGUGGAUCUCGGCGGGGUCUCUGGUGAGGAUGGCCAUGGCGAUGGGCUUGCACCGGGACCCGGAACUCUUCCCGGCGUUGUCGGUGUUCCAGUCGGAGAUGCGACGGCGACUCUGGGCCACCGUAGUCGAGCUGGCUGUCCAGUCUUCCCUGGACUCCGCGAUGCCUCUGUUACUUUCUCCUCAUGACUUCGACACCAAGGCGCCGUCCAAUAUCGAUGACAAGGACAUCGAUGCGGACACCAAGACUCCGCCUGCUCCUAAGCCUAGCCAUGAGUUCACGGAGUCAUCUAUUCAGAUCCUGCUUCUGAAAUCGCUGCCACUACGUCUUGAAGUGGCCCGGCGAGUCAACGAUUUCCGUCAGGGGCAGUCCUACGAAACGGCCGUGAAGCUGGGCACCGAACUGAGGACUGCCUGCAGGGAGAUUGCGGCCUUCUUUCACGCCAACAUGUCUCGUCAACCCGGUCGAGACCUGGGCCCGACGGAUUUCCACCGCAAGUUUCUGGACAUGUACGUGCGGCGAUACGUCCUGUUUCUGCACCGGCCGUUCAUGCUCGAUGCCCGGAAGGAUCCCCGAUUCUACCUGUCGCGGAAAGUGUGCGUGGAGUCCUCCAUGGUCAUCGCAUCUUAUGCCGACAGUCUCAAACUUCCGUCCGGCGAAGUGGAUGACCUUGGGCGACUGACCAUUUUCGGCCGAGGAACCUUCAAGGGCGCCCUUAGUCUGGACGUCAUCACGGUGCUGGGACUAGAGAUCAUCACGCAGCUGGAAGAAGAAGCGGCGACGCGGCCGUCGGGUUGUGUGGCGGACGACCCGCUGGACGAAAUGGCGAAAGCCAACCGGGCGCCUUUCGUCCAGCGCCUGGAGCACAUCCUCGAGCAGCUGCUGCAGAUCAUCGAGCUGGGACAGCCGAGCCUGAAGCGGUACAACAUGGUGGCCGCGAUGCUGAGCCAGAUCCAGGCGAUGGAGUCGGGGCAGAACGUGACGCAGGCGGUAUACGAGACGGUCAAGCAGAGCCUGAAGAAAUGCUACUCGCUGCUGCAGGCGUCGCUUGCGGUGAGCACGCCGCAGAGUUCGGUCGAGAUGCUGACGACCGGGCAGGCAGGGUUUGCAGAGUUUGAUGUAAGUUUCUGUAGAUAUACACUAAAGGAAGCAGAUUUGCUGAGACAGUUGAUCAUAGGACCCAAGCCUUGA